GCUGUACAUUCAUUAGUCAAUCAGUCAGUCAGGGUUCCGCAUACACACCAUCCAUCCAUCCAUCGACUCAGUCAGCCACAUCCACGUCGGCGAGUCACUUAAUUCACAGACACACACACAUAAGCAGUCAGCCACACCGCACCGCACCGCUCACACCAUGCAUCGCAUCGCAUCCGAUCCCAUCCAUGUGAUGUGAUGCGUCCAUGCUACACCUACACCCACCUAAGUCCUCACAAUCCCUGGCUGGCAGAACGUAGCGCACACGGGGCCACUACGGACCGCCACACCAACACAACCGACCGGCCAAAUGCCAAUGCACAACAGCCAGAGAGAGUCAGGCACUCAGUCAGACAGCGAGGGAGCCAUUCAGUGAGAGAGUCGGUAGUGCCUGUGUGUGUGUGUGUGUCUGUGUGUGUGUGUGAGCAUUCAGAAGAACGGCCCGCUGCUGCAGUGGGGCUUGGUGCUUCCAGGCUGCAGGAAGGCGCAGCCAGACCUGAACAACAACCCACGCCAUACACGCACACAAAGGCAAGGGCCGGCCGAUUUGUCCCAUAUCCACACACACACACACGUCCAUCAAUAGCACCACCAGUACCUAUUGGCAUAUUCGUUUCUGUUGGGCGGUGCCUGUGAGAAGGGAAUGGGGCGGCCGGCGUGAAACGACCCCAUGGGCUGCAGAGGGGAAACCACUCGGCAACCUACACAGCACACACCACAUCACACACAACACACACGCCACUCUAUCUAUCCGUCCGUGCGGCAGAUACGCUAUUUACCAGCGGGUCUGAGUCCGCGGCCGACAGCCUUUCUAAAGUGCCCCCACUCCUGCCCCUUCACCCCCGUCCCCGUAGCCUCUCCAUACAUGCCCGCGUGAUACGGCUCCACACCCACACCACCUGCACAUGCACCUGCACCGCCCGCAGAUGGCAAUGUACCUGUACCGCCACCACCACGGGCUGCAGCAGCCCCCGCCAUGCGCACACCAGCCGAUCCGACGACGGCCUGCGCUCUCGUCAUGACCCCCUGCCCCUCCCCCUCGCCCUUCUCCUGCAUGGCCCUGGCCAACACCGCCAGAAUAUCGUCAGCGCGGCGCGGUGCAGGCCUCACAGACGCACCCGCACCCGUCUGUGCCGCACCCUUGGACGCGCUCAGGGAGUCGUUCCGGAUGAUGGUAGUGAUGGGGGUAGGGGGCGUGUGUGUGCCGGUGGUCGUGUUGUUCUUGCUCAGCUGUGAGAAGGCGUGCCGGAAGAGGCCGCCGCCGCCGCGAGUGGGCGAGGUGGCGGGGAAACCGCCAUCCACGCGCUUCUUGGCUGUGCUGAUGGGUGUGUUGGUCUUGGGGAUAUUGGUGUUGGGGAUAUUGGUGAUGGUGGUCUUGGGUAUCGUGCAGCCACCCUCGGCUGGCUUGGGCCAGCCCUCCGUGUCAUGGUGACGGUGCCAGAUGCUGGCGCGGUUGAAGGGGUGCUUGGGCAGCAUCUCAAACACCAACAGCACACCGUCCUCAGCCACAUCACUGCCAUCAUCGCUAUCGCCAUCGCCCUUGCCCUUGCCGCUCACCCCACCCCCUCCCUCCUUCAGCUGCACCGCACCCACUCCACCUCCACCUCCACCCUUGCCCGUCAGGCCGUCACGCCCCACCCCCAGCGGAUCCGCGAACGACGCAGAGAAGAGGGUCACGGUCGGAGCGAUGCCGCGCUGCUUGAGGUCUGGUGUGCUGGUCUUGUCUGUAGUGGUGCUGGACGGUCCGACAGCUGCUACUGAACUGCAGGGGCUCUUGGGCGGCGAUGCGGUGGACGAGUCGGAGUGGGUGCUCGAAGGGUGGUGGGGCAGGGGGAGGGCGGAAGUGCUCGUGAGAGACGCAACAGACUCUAUAGAGGCCUUGUCGUCGUCGAAAGCCGUGCAUGCCGCCAUGGCUACCAACGAUAAGUCUUCAGGUCAAUGUGAUGGAGGCCGAUGCGGUCAGGACUCAACGAUUAGAGGUGAUCUCCUUCAGUCUUGGACACAACGAACAACGUGCCGGGCCUCGAAGCGUCGGUCUGCAGAAGGAAGGCCCAACAACUGACACAGACAACGCUGAUGGUCCUUCCUCGAACCGAUGCGAAAUCUAUAUUUCUGUAUCCCUCGUCACUGCAGAGGGGAUAGGCGCCUAGAGCUAUACCGCUGCGAGACCCCCUUUUCUCCGUUUGCCUUUCCC